AUGAGUCUUACCCAGAUAGAAGAUAAUGAUAGCAAAACAUAUACUCAAUCUGACCAAAGAAGACUUGAAAGUAUGGUACAAUACAGAAAUGAUAAUUGGAAAAUGUCAUAUGGUUUUAUUAAUACUACUCAAAAAAACGUAGUUUUGCAACAAAAAUCGACCUAUCUACUCUGUACCUACAAAAAUAGGUUACAAAAUGCUUGCCCAGCUGACAUUAAACUGCUGAAAUGUAACGUUCAGGAAGACUCAAAAUCAAAAUAUGACGAGUUGAAAUCUAAAGAUGUUGAUUUUGAAGAAUGUGAAACAGAUUUAGACAUACAUGCUAGUGAGUUAGCAAUAGAUCCACCAAAAGUGAAGAUUUGGAACGAAUACAGAAAACUGUUAGAAUUAUCAAGACAAAGACCAAAAUCAAAACUUAAGCAAUCAUUGAUACACGUGACGUCGUUACCAAAAUUUUAUGUCAAUAAGUCUUACUCCAAGCUACGAUCAGAUUUAAGCACUCGAGUGAAAAGAAGUAUACUAAGAUCUGAUACCCAAAAGAGUAUAUUAGUGGCCAACACGAAUUACGUGCAAUUUCGUAAUUUUAAAUUGAGAAAGAUGUAUAAGAAAAUAAUUAUACUGCAAAAUGUCAGCAAUAUCCCAGCAAGAUUUCAAAUAGAAGGGAGACCGUAUCGUUCCAAGUUCCGCGUUAUAGUGCAGCCUGUGGUAGAGAACAGAGGCAUCGUUCCGCCGGGAAUGCAGCUGCGAUUGAUCAUUCUGUUUCGUUGCGACGAUAUUGAUACACCAGAAGAAGUAUUGGUGUUAAACGUUCAACAUGGAAGUUCCGUGAUUAUCCGGUUGCACGGAUACAAAGACCCUCCUAUUUUGUUGGGUAUAAAAAUUACUACAAAAUAUUUUCUCUAUGUAGGAACUUGCCUGACGGAAGAAAUAUCGUUCACAUAUUCGGACACAUACAAGGAACUGUCGAAUCAAGCUUGGCAUCCAGAGAUAGCAAUGUCAUUCGAUAGUUUAGAAUCUUUUACAUUAAAUAGCUCUGAAACUUUAUCUACCUGGAUGACGGAAGACGAUAAUUUUGUAAGCAUGACUUUCGACUGUAAGAAAGCCUUUGUAGGAGAAGAAGCUUAUGUACUUAUAAAAUUCAAGAAUGUCGGCGGAGAGGGCCGGUUUUUCAUAAUGAGCGAGGCAGACUGGUUCUCUAUGAACAUUAUAGAUAUCACAGACAAAAAUAGUUUAAAAUUAUCCUGUUUUACCGUGUGGCCUGCGUAUUUUGCACUGAAUACAAAAGAAGAACUAGAUUUUCGUAUGUACUUCUCACCAGAGUGCUAUGGAAUUCAUGUGGAAAAAUUAUACAUAUUAUGCGAUAAUUGUACCUUGCUGGAAACAGAGAUAAUCGGCGAUGGAUUAAUAUAUGAGUCGAAUUUCAUCCAGCUUAGUAAACAUUUAAUGAAAUUAACACCAUUGGAAAGAAAUAUUGAUAAUCGAGCGAAUUACUACAUAAACCUGAGCACCAAUACCCCUGACGGUAUCGGGCAAUGCAUCAUUGCUGUAAGCAAUAUUAGUGAGAUCAGCAUGCAUUUUUCUUGGAUGAAACGAAACGUGCAAACUGACAUGCACAGAAUACAUACAAAGAAUUAUUUUCCCUUAGAACUGCUUCACAUUAAUCCAGACCAAGGAGUUUUCGCUCCAACUUCCGUGCACUAUUUUACUGUAACGGCUGAGUAUAAAGAUUUACAGCCAAAUUAUUAUUUUGCCGUUCUACAGUGA